AUGAAGUGGGUUGAUGGCCGCUCAGUCACGCACGUGACGGGGAUGUACAAGCAAUGUCAUCAUUUACGUUAUAUUAUUCAAAAAGGACAGCUUCGGAGGUACGAUACUAAAUGGGCGCGGACGGGGCGCGGUGUCGUCUCGUGCGGGGAAUACCGCGCAAAUGUCGUAAAAAAUAUUGCUACUUCAUGGGAUGAGGUGACACCCAACAAUUUAAACCACCAACCAAAUGUCGAUGAGAUCACAACUGACAUUGUUCAUUUGGCUAACCGUUUGCGUCAGGCAACUGCAGUUGCAGUUACUACUGAUGAUAUUGAUGAUCUGCUAAGCUCACAUUCGCAAGAACUGACUGAUGAAGAUCUUAUUGAAUUGGAGGCACAAGUACAAAAGGAAGCACUCGAGUCACAAGAAAUAGCUUCUUCUAUUAGUGACUCUGAAAAAGAACUUACACUAAAAAAACUUUCCGUAGCCUUUGCAAAUUUGAAGAAUGCCAUGAAAAUUUUUGAAGAAAAUGAUCCUAAUUUUGAGAGAAGUUUUAACGUUAAUAACAAAAUUUGUGCAGCCUAUCACAGUUACCAAGAUCUGUAUGAUAGCAAGAAGAAAGAAGCCAAGCAAUCUAGAAUUGAUAGUUUCUUUAAGCCAAAAGUUUAA